CCUCUUCUCAACGUCUUCCUAAACCCAAGCCUCCAACUUUUCACCCCUAAAUUUCAGACGACGAUGGCCGUCGAUCUGAUGAGCUUCUCCAGAAUGGACGAUCAGAUGGCCGUUCAAGAAGCCGCCACCGCCGGGAUCCGCAGCAUGGAGCUUCUCAUCUCCCAACUCUCCCACCAAACCUCACCGUCCGAUUGCCGUGAUAUGGCCGAUCAGACCGUCAGUAAGUUCAAGAAGAUGAUCUCCGUCCUGAACCGGACCGGCCACGCCAGGUUCCGCCGCGGUCCGAACCCGGUUCAAACCCAAACCCAGACCCAACCGCCGAGCCAGACCAAGACGCUGGAUUUCACCAAGCCGAGCUUCAGCGCGCCGAUCUCGUCGGCGGCUUCUUCGUUUUUCUCUUCCGUCACUGGCGACGGGAGUGUCUCUAACGGCCGGCUCGGCUCGGCUCUCAUCGGCGCCACUCCGGCUUCCUUCUCAGCCGGGAAACCGCCGUUAGCUUCAAAGAAAAGGUGCCAUGGCCAUAGUGGGGCCCACUCCGAGGCUGCCAUCGGAAAACGUUGCCAUUGCUCCAAGAAAAGGAAAAAUAAGGUGAAAAAGGUCAUAAGGGUGCCGGCGAUCAGCUCGAAGGUGGCUGAUAUACCGUCGGAUGAGUACUCGUGGAGGAAGUAUGGCCAGAAGCCGAUCAAGGGAUCACCGUAUCCAAGGGGUUACUAUAAAUGCAGCAGUGUGAGAGGUUGUCCGGCGCGUAAACACGUGGAACGGGCGCCAGAUGAUCCGGCGAUGUUGAUCGUGACUUAUGAGUGGGAGCAUCGUCACUCGUUGGAUGGGGCUCUGAUUGGAUCUCAGCCGUUAAAUUAGUGGCUUAUUUUUUGUAAUUUUUUUUAGUUAUUUUUUUAUGUUUUUAAUUUUGUAAUAUAAAAAAGGAGUUUUUUUAAGAGAGAAAAAAAAUGAAAUUUGGUAAAGUUAUUUGUGAAUGGUUGACCGGUUUAGGAGUGGAAGAAGAACUGAAGUAGUUGUCGUUUAGUGUGGGUGGUGUUUGUAUUAAAUGGUUUAGUUUGGAAUUUGGAAUCCGGAGUGCGGUUUGCGU